GUAGAGAGUUCUAGUGGCGUAUACACUAUCAUUUUAAUUGCAUGUUUUUAUGUCGUCCGUUUUCGCAUGAUAUUGGAGCAUUUAAAUUAAUCAAAAGAUUGUGAUGCGAUGCGUCAUUGAUGGCAAUCAGUGCCAUUUACCAAGGGCAGUGAAUGUUAACUGCAUAAUGCAGUAAUUGAUAACUUUAGUGAUCAUCUUGGUAACCAUUAUAAAAGAAUGUCUUCAACCAAGAGCAGAAGCAGUUUGAGGAUUUUGUGGAUUCCUGGCAGGAAGAAGCACAACCGCAAAGGCAUUUACAACCCAACAAAACAAACUCGUCCCCAAUAUCAGGCAAAUCAACAGAAAAAGAAUGAACCCUGGUCGUUGGGAGGUGGAGUCAAUCACAGCAAAAUAAUCAACGCCAAUUUCUUUUUCAGAGAUCUUCACGAGAACAUCGAUGUAGGCAUGGCAACAGCUGCGGGUGCUAUGAGUUUAACAGCGAUGGCAGCUAACAAAACUAAUGAGGCUAGCAGUAGCAGCACCAGCAACAGUAAUUCUGCCGAAUCGACAGCAAAUAACGCUGCAGCAUCGUCGUCGUUAAGUGAGAAUAGCAAUCAAAUUGUGGAGCUUGUUGUUUUGAACGAUUUGAACGGUGAUAUUAACAAGAAAAACAUUCCAACCAGCAACCAGUUCGACGCCCUCGAGCAUAUUGAUGAGUGCGAGGAGAAAGAUACCAACUACUCAAAUGCGGAAUCGGCAUCGUCGCUGUUGUCCUCGAACAACGAUAGCCGGUCCGUUGAUUAUGCGCACAAUUCCGCCACGCUAGCUAUCGGAGAGACUCGUCGCCGGCGUCGACGAAACAGCUAUAAUAAUUCCAGGAAGGACAGUUGUGAAAAUUUCGACUCAAUAGAUCACAUCAACGAGACCGAUGCGGUUGAUGCGGUUGAUGCGGUGAAAAUCAUGUCCUCAGACGAUGAUCGGUUGGACACUUUUCGACAGGAGAAAAAGAACAAAAAGAAAAACGAUCUGAACUCAAAAAAGAAGGACGACGGAGGAGAGCCGAACGAGAAACUCGUUACGUGUUUGUACUAUUCCCUCGUGUGUUGGGAUUGUACUAUAUCCUAGAAUUUAUCAAUAACUGAAAAGACUACUUAGAGGUGGCCGAUUUUUGCCGAAAUACAAUAAGUUUUCCAGUAUUUUAUAUUGAUACAUUGAACCUGUUUUUUAGAAACAUUUACUAGUACUGCAGGGUGAGAUAAAAUCCACUUAUAACGUAAUCAUAAGUAGAAUUAUGCAAUAAACAAUUUGAGAUAAAAGGAUACGAAA